AUGAGUUCUAAAAUACCCACAUCUUUGGUAGUCUCUGGUGCUAUCAUAACAUAUUUAUUAAGUGGUGGUAGAUUCACAAUUGCUUUAUUUGCUGCUACUGUCUAUGCAUUAUUUAUCAGAAAAGUGUCACAAGACCAUCAACAAGAUUCUAUAAGCAGUAAUGGUCAAAAUCAUGAACAUAAACAUAAACAUAAAAAAGAAGGUGGAUGUGGUUCUGCUUGUACUUGUAAAGAUAAAAAGAAGGAAAAUAAGAAGACAUUAUCUGGAUUAAAGAAAUUGAAAGGUUUUGGUAAGAAAUCAGAACCUCAAGAUGAUGGUAUUGCUGUUGAUUUCACCACAGCUUUUGCUAAAAAACCAACCACAACAACUACUGAUAAAUCUACUGGGAGGCCAGCUAAUGGUAAACCAAGAGUGAAAAGAGUUCCAAAAUUGAUCAAAUCUAAAGGUUUACAAUCCAAGCAAAAAGAACCACCAAAACAAAUGACUAAAGCAAAUACAUCAUUAUUAGAUUCAAACAUCAUUAUAUUUUAUACUUCAUUAACAGGUGCAUCUGAAAGAUCUGCUAAAAACUUAUAUGAAACAAUGUCAUCUUUAAAUUUAAUGGGUUCUUUGAAAAAUAAACCACAAUUAAUGAAUUUAGAUGAUAUUACAGAUUUAGAUGAUUAUUUUAUGAAUGUUCCUAAAUUAGAUAAUUUGAUUUAUUGUUUAGUUUUACCAUCUUAUGAUGUUGAUUCACCAAUUGAUUAUUUCUUACAAACUUUAGAAGAUACAUAUCAAGAUUUUAGAGUUGAUAAAUAUCCAUUGAAAAAAUUAUUAGGUUUUACUGUUUUAGGUUUAGGUGAUUUAGAAUCAUGGCCUGAAAAAUUUUGUUAUCAAGCUAAAAAAACUGAUUAUUGGUUAGGUAAAUUAGGUGCGAGAAGAAUUUUCCCAGUUGGUGAAAUGUGUAUUAAGACUCAAGGUGAUGAAAAAAUUAAAGAAUGGAUUAAUUUAUUUGUUGAUGCUUUGAAAGAUGAUGAACCAAUCUUGUAUGAAUAUAGAGAUUCAGAUGCAGAAGAUUCAGAUGCAGAAGAUGGAGAUGCUAACUCCUCAUCGGGUGAAAGUGAAGAUACUUUAGUUGAUGUUGAAGAUAUGGGUAAUAUGAUGAAAUCAUCUGAAAAGGAAAAAAUUUCAAAUAGUUCAUCAUCAGAAGUUAAAGAAAUGGUUGCUAAAAAUUCACCAACUUUUAAAAGUUUAACAAAACAAGGCUAUACAAUUGUUGGAUCACAUUCAGGUGUUAAAAUUUGCAGAUGGACAAAAUCUGCCUUAAGAGGUCGUGGUUCAUGUUAUAAAUUUGCAUUUUAUGGUAUUAGAUCUCAUUUAUGUAUGGAAACUACACCAUCUUUAUCAUGUUCAAAUAAAUGUGUUUUCUGUUGGAGACAUGGUACAAAUCCAGUUGGUACAAAUUGGAGAUGGCAAGUUGAUCAACCUGAUGUUAUUUUAGAAGGUGCUUUACAAGGUCAUUAUUCCAAAAUUAAACAAAUGAGAGGUGUUCCAGGUGUUGUUGCUGAUAGAUUUACUGAAGCUUUUAGAGUUCGUCAUUGUGCUUUAUCAUUAGUUGGUGAACCAAUUUUUUAUCCAUAUAUUAAUGAUUUUGUUGGUAUGUUACAUGAACGUGAAAUUUCAAGUUUCUUAGUUUGUAAUGCUCAACAUCCAGAUCAAUUAGAAGCAUUACAUAAAGUUACUCAAUUAUAUGUUUCAAUUGAUGCACCAACUAAAAAUGAAUUGAAAAAAGUUGAUAGACCAUUAUUUAAAGAUUAUUGGGAAAGAUUAAUUAAAUGUUUAGAUAUCUUGAGAACUUCUCAAGCUCAUCAAAGAACCGUGUUUAGAUUAACUUUAGUCAAAGGUUUCAAUAUGAGUGAAGCUGAAGCUUAUGCAGAUUUAGUGGAAAGAGCUCGUCCUUCAUUAAUUGAAAUUAAAGGUGCUACAUUCUGUGGUUCUUCAUCAGGUAAUGGUAAUCCAUUAACAAUGCAAAAUAUUCCAUUUUAUGAAGAAUGUCAAAAUUUUGUUAAGAAUUUAACUAAUGAAUUGAAUAAAAGAGGUUUAGGUUAUGGUAUUGCCGCAGAACAUGCUCAUUCAUGUUGUAUCUUGGUUGGUUCAAAUCAAUUUAAUAUUAAUGGUGAAUGGCAUACACAUAUUGAUUAUAGUAAAUUUUUUGAAUUAUUAAAGAAUGGUCAACCAUUUGAUAAAUUAGAUUAUAUUGCUAAAACUCCUGAUUGGGCUUUAUGGGGUAGUGAUUCUGCUGGGUUUAAUCCUGAAGAUACAAGAGUUAGAAAGAAGGGUAAAAAUAAAGAAAAAAAAGCUCCUGUUAUUGAAGAAGUUACUGUAUAG